UAAUUAUAAUAUAAUACGAUUAAAUGAAAUGAAAUAAAACUAUAUAUACAGUUACUUAUACACAACUCCUUAUAUUGAGAGACUUUGGUUGAGUGGGAAUGACUGUAGGGCAGAAAGUAGUGGAAUGGUUAAUGUGUAAAACCAGCAUAACAGUAAGUUCCAUUCCUUCAUAUGUGAUGGAGGAUGAGGGGGGUUGAGGAGGAAAGGAUUUGCUCUGAAGCUGGAGGUGAUCCUGUUAUUUAUAGAUGCUGUGUCAGGCCAUAGCACAGGGAAUCCUCUGGGGGGCCUGUGGCCCUCGUCCAAUGAGGCCUCAGUGUUGAGUUUAGACCAAAAGAAUCACAGCCAGGUGAGAUUUAACGUCUUGUGAGGUUUGGUGUGAUUCUAACUCAAAUCAGGCUGUUGACUUCCCUGUAGGCCCAACUCUCAACUGCCUUUGUUCCAACCACGUGGUGAAGUCCCAACACAUUUUACAGUAAAAAUUACUGUAUUGGAAUUAAUUGGAAUAACACAAACACUGAUAGGCUAUUACUUUUGUUGUGUAACCAACCAGAUAGUUUCUUUGAUUGACACUACAGAGUGGCGACUACAGACAGAGAAAUUAGUUUGAUCGGUAAUUAAAUAAAAGUAAUUACGCCGAUAAUUGGAAAAAUGCUGAAUAUUGACCGAUCCCUAAUACCACACCAGCUAGUGAGUUAAAGUAAAGUGUUUUAAGAUCAAAUGUGCCUUUUUAUGUUGUUGACGGAUUCAAAGCACACAAUUAUUUUCUCUUUGGUGUUAAAACCAAAUUUUAAAUUUAUUCAAUUUCAGAUUGGAUCACCCAAUCUGAAAUGGCUUUUUGAACUAAAACAUGUUAAAACACAGAUCAAAAUUAAAAGAGUAAAUAACAGUGUCUCUUUAAUUAAAGACAACAUGUGAAUGAAUCAACGUUCUGUUUUCUCAAAGUCUCAGAUGAUCUGCAACCUGUGAAGCGAAGCAGCAGCUAUGGAUGGCUGCCACCUUACAUGUCUGAGCUGAGGGUUGUUCUGCUGGGGAACAGCUGGUCUGAGAGGAGUUCAGUGGGGAACUUCAUACUGAGAGAGACUAAGUUCAACACUGAGGAAGAACCAGAUCACUGUCUGAGAGUCAGAGGACAGUUAAAGGAGAAAAAGAUAGUUCUGAUCAACACUCCAGAUCUGCUGCACCCCAACAUCUCUGAAGACAAACUAAGACAACAUGUAGAAGACUGUGUGAGACUCUCUGAUCCUAGACCUCAUGUGUUCCUGCUGGUUCUACAGCCUGAAGACUUCACUGAGGAACUCAAAGUGAAGCUCUGCAGAGUCCUGAAUCUCUUCAGUGAUCAAUCAUUUGAUCGUUCAUUGAUACUGAUAUCAACACCUAGAGAGGAGAGUUCAGCUUGCAUGGACAAAGACCAGCCUUUAAAAGACCUGAUCAGAAUGUGUAGAUACAGAUACCUGAACCAGAAGAACCUUGAACUUCCAGAGCUGUUCACACGUUUGGGUCAAAUUGUGAAAGAGCACAAUGGAGAACACAGUAAAAACUACUUGGUUCUGCUUGGGAAGACUGGCAGUGGAAAGAGUGCAACUGGAAACACCAUUUUAGGCAAAGUGCAUUUUAAAUCCAGACCCAGCCAGAAGUCAGUGACCAAGCUUUGCGAGAAAGCAACAGGAGAGAUCGAUGGACGUCCUGUCGUCAUAGUCGACACCCCCGGCUUGUUUGACACGACUCUGUCCAAAGAUCACGUUCAAGAGGAGCUUGUGAAAUGCGUCAGCUUGUUGUCUCCUGGACCUCAUGUGUUCUUACUGGUGCUGCAGAUCAGCCGCUUUACAAAAGAGGAGAAAGACUCUGUGGAGCUGAUUAAGAAAUAUUUUGGCAAGAAGUCUGAAGAUUUCAUCAUCAUUAUAUUCACCAGAGGAGAUGAACUAAAAGAUCAAACAUUUGAGAGUUACCUAACAGACGACUGUGAUGACUUGUUGAAAAAACUAAUAAAUGACUGUGGAGGAAGAUACCAGGUCUUCAAUAACAACAAUGAAGCAGACCGCACACAAGUCAGAGAUUUGAUGAAGAAGACCAACACAAUGAUGAAGGAGAAUGGAGGCAGCUGCUACAACUCAGAGAUGUUCCAAGAGGCCGAAGCAGCAAUAGAGAAGGAAGUGAAGAGAAUCCUGAAGGACAAAGAAGAAGAAAUGCAGAAACAGAAAGAGGAGCUUCAAAUAAAACAUGAAGAAGAAAUGGAAGCAGUGAAGAGAAGAAUGAAACAACAGAAAGAAGACAUUGAACAAGAGAGAGCCAAACAACUUAAAGAAAUGGAAGAAAACAUCAACAAGGAGCGAGAGGAGAGAAGGAAAGAACAGGAGAUGAGAGAAGAGGAGGACAGGAAGAGGAAAAGGCAGGAGGAACUUCAACAACAAGAGUGGGAACAACAGCUUGGAGCUCUGGAGAAAGAAAUAAAGUCAGAGUCAAAAGAAAAGGAAACCAUUGACAGAGAGUUGGAGGAGAAUAGAGAGGAGAUGAGAAAACAACGAGAAGACUGGGAGAAGGAAAGAAACGAAUGGUGGAAGAAACGAUAUCAAGAAGAUGAACAGAAACGACACGAAGAGCAAACUAAACUUAAAAAGCUCCAAGAAGAAUACGAAGAAGAAAGAGAAAAACAUGAAAUCAAAAGAAAAGAAGAAGAUCGAACCAGAAGAGAGCAGGAGAAGAAGGAGAGAAAAGAAUUGGAGGAAACCUACAAGAAGGACCUGGAGGAAAUGAAGAAGAAAUAUGAAGAGGAGGCCAGAAAACAAGCUGAAGAGUUCAAUGAGUUCAGACAGAAAUACACCAAGGACUUCACAGCGUUGGUAGAGAAGCACAUGGAGGACAUACAGGAACUGAAGAAAAGACAAGAGAGACAAAUGCAGGAGACAGAAGGGAGGCACGGAAAAGAGUACGAUCUGUUAAAAGACCUCUCCAGUAACAAAGAAAAACAUCUAAAAGAACAAUUGGAGGACAUGAAG